GGCAACACUGUACGAUCAGCUGUCAACUUCUGUCACCGUUUUCGCAGCAGCCAUCACUGUUUUUCUUCAUGCUGGAGAAAAAUGUCUGCUCUGCUUAGGUGUCUCCUCCCAUCUUAGAUUCCGUUGAGUGGAAGCACGCCCCCGAUCGUCUGGAAUUCGGUCCACGUACUGGGCGAGAUAGAGACUGUCUCUUGAUGAUUGAUAUCUAAUUUUCGGGGUACGGCUAGGUGAAAAAUAAGUUAUGCCAAUAUGAGCUCGAACGAAGCCCACUGGGAACCGCUGGCGGAGAUUUAUUUGUCCUAUCCGGAGGCGGUGAGUUCUGGGGCUGGUGCUACCAAUGCGAUUCGGGAAAAGAAAAACUGCACCUACUGUCUGUGCAGUCGGGUGUUCAUCCGGAACUACUACGACGUGUAUGUGUCCACCCUCGAGAGACUGGAACCAAGUAUGCCCGAGACACCAUUGGAUCAGCAAAAGUUGCAGGACACCAUAGUUGAUGAACCGGAGCUUGUCGAAAGUGUCUCCAAGGAGUUGGUUCCUACACCGCUGUCAGUCAAGGACACAAUCGAGCCUUCUCUCGAAGACAUCGAGGAUGAUGUGUUCAGCGAGGAACCGGUGCUCCGCAAACAACUUAGUUUCAGCCGUAAUCCACUGGCCUUAAAAUGGGAGACGGCUAGCAGCGAGGUUAGCUGUUACUUUAGCGCUAGCGCAUCACAUUCCGACACCAAUUACUGCAGCACCGAUGAGCAUGAGCAUAAUUUGCACGGGGGAGCAACUUUGCGGGGCGUGACAGCCGGUGGUCACAAGUUCUACAGUCAUCAUCAAGGGGGAAUGCAUUCCAGCGACAGUGGAGCGGACAUUUCGGAAAAGAAUUUUGCUGGCGCUUUCGACAAGAAGGAGUCAUUUUUCCAGGGUGUUCAGGAAAUGCUUGCGGACGAGGCCAGCAAGGUUGCGGCUUCUUUGGUGCAUGCCGAGAGAAAUAACAGUCUUCCGGAGGUGUUUGGACGUGAAGAUCUACAGGAAGCCUGGGAAGCUUAUUGGAACAAGCACGGAGAGUCAAUCAUAUGGGCUUCUUGGAUCGAAAAGUACAGUGAUUACAUUAAUCCGGAAUAUAUGGAUCAAGUUCCUGCGACCGCAACUGGUAGUAAUAAUUCGCCACAUUCCAAGAGUGAAGCCACUCCGGACACAACCUAUGAUGCUUCCAAGCACUUUUCCUUCGACAACACGGAAGCAUUUGAAUCCAAAGCACCACCGACUGAGAUCAUCGUUUCCACUUGCUCACCUCAUCCCUAUAGCCGGAACGACGGAUGGAAUCCACUGAAUACGUCGCCCGGUGAGCAGGACAUUUGGACCGCCCACCGAUCCAAUUCGGCUGAAAAUGAUGCCCUGUUGAGUCCUCGAUGCGAUUCGGUUACCUCCAGCAUUCCGCUGACCAUCGGGACGACUGAUUCCAUGACAAACGUUACACGGAUGACUAUUUCUAGCUAUGGGUUCGACGAUAGCUCUAAGGUUAGCUCCGAAUCGUCCCAUCUGAGCGAAUCCAGUUUGAGUGAGCAAAUUUCGUCCGGCAUAACGGACAGUUCUAAUAGUUCGGACAUGCUGGCCACCGAGUUUCAGGUAGGAGCUUCCUCCAGUCUGCAACAGGAAGAUGAAAACACGCAGGAUGGCGAGCAAUACUGGCAGAUUCUGUGGCAAAAACAUUUCCAGGAGCUGUAUGCAAAGCACUAUAAUCUUUUUAUGGUGGAACGCGGAGAUGAACCCGAGACUCCCGGGAACGUCAAUCAAUGGCCUCGACUGCACAAAAGAAAGCGAAACAGCAGCAGUGGCUCGGGACUGGUUCAUGGAAGGUCGACUGCAGCAGAUCAACUUCCGGAAAUGGUUGCGCAACUUAAAUUAGACCUCCCGUCGCCUAACAAGAAAGAUCCCAUCACAAACAAUCCACCAGUAGAUGCAGAUUCUGAGCAGAAGGGCUCCUCAGACAAAAACACCAAACAACAAUCUCAAACUACCGAAUGCCACAUGGUUGAAGACUUAAGUGGAGCUCUGGAAGCGUACGGUUUGCCUACAUCGUUCGGUAAACCAUCAAGAAAAUCCAACAACAACGAUGACGGAGGCGGAGACGAAGACCCACCGGAAGAUCGUCCAACGACGCUUAAGCGUUGCCAUGAAAGUGAUACAGAAGAGUCGCCCAAUGACCGUCUCAAGGCAGCUUUCGAGCUGAUGGGUUAUGCCUUUUCGGAUCCAGCCAAUCGCAAUGAAUCGGCCGAUUCGAUUAUCAACAUUACUGGUGAGGUGGUCUACCGAAAGAAGCACAUAAGACUGCACAAUCGGGUGCUUAAAAUGCGUCAGCACCACAAACCGAAGCACACCUAUUUCGAUGACGAUGGUAACGAGAUAACGGGUGCCGGUGGUUCCGAGAAGGAUGAUGCCGCUCCGGAAGCUCUGAUGCAUACCUCCUCAGACGAUGAUGAUCCGGCGGUGGUGUCUGCUGUUGGCCAAAGCGGAACCCGGAGUGUUUCGUCGAGUGUCCGCUCCAGCGCCAUACUGGACUACAAUGUUCAGCUGCAGGCCAAGGAGAUCGAAUCGCAGGACGACAACGAGGAGGAGAAACAUGACGAGAAUCCACCGUCGGAGGAAGCGCUGGACGAAGUGGUUGUGCAACCUCCGGCCAAAAAGGAGAAGAAAAAGAAACGUAAACCUAAAUUCGUGGCCAGUCUGCCGCCGGAAAUUGCCAACGACAAAUCGCUGCUCAAGUAUUGGUACAAGCGAUUUUCGCUGUUCUCUCUGUUCGAUUCGGGCAUUAAGCUGGAUCGGGAAAGUUGGUUCUCCGUAACGCCGGAGAAGGUAGCCUCCCAUACAGCCGAACGAUGCCGAUCGGAUCUGCUGGUCGAUGCGUUCUGUGGAUGUGGCGGAAAUUCGAUUCAAUUCGCGUUCACCUGCCAGCGGGUGAUUGCUAUCGACAUCGACCCGCGAAAGAUCGAAAUGGCUCGGCACAAUGCGACAGUUUAUGGGGUGGCCGACCGAAUCGAGUUUAUUGUGGGAGAUUUUCUGGUGUUGGCAGAUAGACUCCGGGCGGAUACGGUGUUCCUUUCGCCUCCCUGGGGAGGACCCAGUUAUCUGAAGGAUGAAGUGUACGAUCUGGAAACCUCGCUUGUUCCCGUUCCUGCCAGUGAACUAAUGCGAAAGGCACGUCAAAUUAGCAGUAACGUAGCGAUGUACUUGCCACGUAAUUCGAAUGCCCAACAGCUUACGAUGCUGGCCGGUCCGAACAAUGCCGUUGAAGUGGAACAGAACUUCUUGGACCGGAAGCUGAUUGCCUUGACAGCAUACUACGGGGAUCUCAUAAACGAAUAACGGCACCCCCGUUCGAAGGUAAGAUAUUCGUAGAACCUACUUAUAUUAGAAUACUGAGGCAGAUGAACAGGACAAGUUACUUACAAUGAUCCUCGCGCAAAGAGUAGCGCAAUUUUAUGUAGCAAGUAACGUUUUUCUUACGUUUUUAUAUGAGCAAUCUUUUUGAAUAGUACAAUUUUUAUAAUUGCAUGAUUCAAAUUCAACAAAACAUACAGAAAAUACCCAACCAAGAGUAUAAGUCACAAAGAUGUCUUUAUUUUUUACUAAUUAGUAGAACUAUAUUUCGUAGAUUUAUGUUUUUUCUUAGCUGGAUUAAAUAUACAGAUACUUUUCUUUAGUUUUUGAAUCCCUUGGUUUAAAAUAACGUCCAUAGACAUGAUAACACCAAUUCAAGAGAUCUUUCAGAUUGUCGCUUAGUCAGUGUUACUAACAGUUUAUUUUGUAUCCGGAAAAUUUAAUGUUUUACUCCUGCAUAGAUUUUUUUUAAGUUUCAUUCAUUGAAAUUUCGCACGUAAAUUUAAAAUUGGCUUUCUUCCCUGAAACUGCAAUCGGCAUUUUAACAGAAUGCCAACAAAAUAUUUACUCAAAAUUACAUAUUCGAAUUUUAAGCAGAAACUUUGUUUCGAGUUUUGUGUUGAUUGCUUGAUUAUUGGUUCAUUUCAGUCAUUGUGCCCUUCGAUGGGUAACUAAUCAAUUCCUGAGAUUGAAUACAAUUAUUAUGAGAAGAAAAAUUAAGAUGAAUACGUCGUACUUAGUCGAUUGAAAUAAACGAAAAAAAUAACUGUGAA